UGAAAGUCCCCUACCCUUUUCACAGUCCUAGGCAGACAGACACAUAUUCUCUCACUACAAAACCGAGGGAAAAAAAAAAGAGGAGAGAAAAACCCCAGACUACAACAUCUUUCACCACUAGCAACUCUACCAUCAGUGCAUCACUCUCCCCUCUUUUCACUCACCCUUGCCCGUCAAACUUCUUCUUCUUCUUCUUCUUGUAGGGUUUGUAUUGAUCACUGAUGGCUCUGAUGCUGGACAAUUGCGAAGGGAUCAUACUGUCUCUGGACUCACACAAGUCGGUACCGGCACCCUUCCUCACAAAAACCUACCAACUGGUGGAUGAUUCCAGCACCGAUCACAUCGUCUCUUGGGGAGAAGACGAUACUACCUUUGUGGUCUGGCGUCCACCUGAAUUUGCUCGUGAUCUCCUUCCCAACUACUUCAAGCACAACAACUUCUCUAGCUUCGUCCGUCAGCUCAACACCUACGGAUUCAGGAAGAUUGUCCCUGACCGCUGGGAGUUCGCUCACGAAUUCUUCAAGAAAGGAGAGAAGCAUUUGUUAUGCGAGAUCCAUAGAAGAAAGACAUCUCAACCCCAAGUUCCAAUAAACCACCACCACCACCCACAUUCGCCAAUCGGUGGCAGUGGUGGCGGGCCUGCUUUCUUCCCAUUCACUAACCGAGUUAGUAUCUCCCCUUCCGACUCAGACGAACAAGCCAAUUGGUGUGAUUCUUCCCCGCUUUCAUCUCCUAGCGGAGGUGGAGUUGUAGGAGGAGGAGGAGGAGGAGGCAGUGUCAGUACCAGCAGCUCGGUGAUGGCGCUGUCGGAGGAUAAUGAGAGACUCCGGAGGAGCAACUCGAUGCUGAUAUCUGAGCUGGCUCACAUGAGGAAGCUUUACAAUGAUAUCAUCUACUUUGUGCAAAACCAUGUGAGGCCUGUCACUCCUAGCAACUCUUAUCCUUCUCAUCAUCUUCUUAUCUCCAACAAUAAUUACCCUUCUUCUUCUUCACCAUCUACUAUGCUUCCUACUCCCACACCAGCCUUGGUGCAAAAGCCUCUUCACCAGUUCCUUGGGUUCUAUCACUCGGCACCUAAACAAGUUCAACAAGUGAAGGGUUCGUUCAACUCCUCUAGUACUACUAUGGACUCCAUAACGAUGCUUACUCAAGAAGCCAACAACAACAAUAGUACUAGUCGGUUAACGAAGCUUUUUGGAGUUCCUCUUCAUUCUAAGAAGAGAUUGCACCCGGAACCCACGUCUCCUCCGACGAGCAAAGCUCGUUUAGUAUUGUCUACGGAUGAGUUAGGGUUAAAUCUCAUGCCUCCCUCUCUCUGCUAGCUACCUUGUUUCAUUCCUUGCCUUCACUUAUUUUUCAAGAUUUUCUGACCUUUGUUCCCCCUCCCCCUUGAUACCCUUCUCCUGUUUAUUCUUCUCUUGUUUGCUUAACCCAUCUUGUUCUUGUCCUCUUGGGUCUUCUAUGCUGUCUCUCUCUCUCUGUGUUCAUCUCUUUGUGUGUGUGGGGAUUGUGGGUCUUUGUAUAUAAGUAUGAUGAAGCCAGUAUUUUCUUGUUCAGAGUGAAAAAACACAGCAAGGAUAAUUCAUAUCCACAACCAUUACUUUCUUAUUAGGGUUUGUAGUUUUAGUGAGGAGUGACUACUAAUCCAAUAUAUGUGUUUUGGAGACUUGAAAUGGAAGAUAAGAGAAAUAUCCAUCGUGUAGCUUUUCUGCUGUUUCUGAACUUUUAUUAUUGAAAGACUGGAGAGGUUAUUCAGAUCA